UUGCUAUGAAAUUCAACGUUUUGCCUUGAAUUAACUUGAUAGAAAAGUGGUGAUUUUCAGCAAUUUUAAAAUACAUUUUAUCAUUUUAAAACUCCUAGAAAGCACUAUGCGGCUCUCAGGCUUCCCAUUUGGUAUACUCCUCAUAUUCCUGCAAUUCACAAAUGCAGUUUCACAUAAAUUACAUCAAACAAGAAAUCAAGCGCCUAAAAAAUGCGAUUUGGUAUGUCCAGGGGCUGCCCCAAUACCCCUUCCGUCCAGUUUAUUACAAAAUUGUACCGGCUCGGGUACAAACCCUGAAAGUACCACUACUAGUAGUACAACAAAACGACCUUCUACAAGUAGCACAACUGAGAGUAGUGAGGAAGAGGAAAGUUCUGAGCAAAAUGAGGAAGGGGAGGGUCGGAUAGCGAAAAGGCAGAAGAAAGAGAGAAGUAAAUCUACUCAUCAACAUCUUCGGAGGCGAAGUCACCAACAACGUAUGCGAAAACACACGCUCAUCCUAAAACCAGAAACCAAAUCCCAACUGUUUAAAAACCACAAGAAUUUAAAAGAAAAAUCACAGUUGGAUGGGUGUUACGUGCUAUGCGAUGGUGCCCCCAGUUCUCUGCCUCCCGGAGGGCCACCUUCAGAGACUGGAGGAGAUUCUGGAGAAGAUUCAGCGGAUGACAACUAUGUAGAGGGCGAAGAUACACCUAUAGAGAUCGUUUACGUGCCCCCCAAUGAAAAUAGUAACAAAAGGCCCUCAGAAACGUACGAGAUAAAUAAUUAUUUGGUGGAUCCAGUGCCUGCUUUUGGGUUUGGAUUUGAUCCCUUAUUUAUGGAAGGUAAACAUAAAAAUGUAAUGAAAAGAAAAAGCCACCGCAUAAGAAAAAUCACUGAUCAUAACAAACCGAUAAAGUCACACAAGUAAUUUUAAAUGUUUACAAGGAAACAUCUGCCUCUCAUUUUAAAUUUUUAUUUACUUACUUGUAACACUUUGUACCAAAACCAAUAAAUUAAUUAAAACUUAUAAACAA